GUUAGCGUUCGUUUCGAUAAAGAUGGCGUUCGUCGUGAUUGCAUUGAGCGCCAGUAUGGCAGUCGUUGUUAUAGGCGCUUUCGUCUUCCAGAUCCUUCCAAGGCUGUUUCCAAAACUCAAGACGUUCUUACCCUCGCGAGCUACGAUCAGCUAUCUGCAGAUUGUCCCCAUAAGCUUUAUUUUCCCUACUCUCAUGUGGCUGUUCUUCUCAGUUUACGUCCACGCUCACGUACCCGGGGACGCGUUCUCCUCGUUGCUAGGGUGGUGGCACACUUUCUUCACGUGCUAUAUGAUGACUAACGCGGUUUUCUAUUACUACAUGACCGUCUUCGUUUGCCCAGGGUAUCCACAGCAUCAGGAUGCCUACACCCAAGACAGAUGUUUCGUGAAAAGCUUCCAAAUUUGCGUCAAGUGUCGACGGGUUCGAAACGCAGGAACACAUCACUGCAGCUGGUGCCACACUUGCGUCGAGAUGAUGUGUCAUCAUUGUCCUUUCACUAACAACUGCAUCGGCCGUCGGAAUUAUAUCUACUAUUACACCUUCUUGGCAUAUGCGUUCUUUGGUUUGUCGUAUGCAUGUUACCUUGCUUAUUUUCCGUUUUCGAAUUGUCUCUCCGGAUAUGCUCUGAAGAAAUUCAAAGAGACACUGGUUAGCAUGCCUCACCUGAGUGUCCUCAAUCGCUAUUCACCGCGUUCGCAAUCAGCGAAAUCGAUGUGGGAUACUUUUAACAAUAUGGAAGUUGGCGAAGGCUGCGAAGAAAUUCAGGAUUACGCCAUCUUGUUUGCCCCAACAGUUGCAAUUACCGUAUUCCUUGGAGCAUUAUUUUUCUUUCAGUCAUUCCUUCUCCUCGCAGACAUGUCAAUCGUCGAUUUCUACGACUCUCUCUCCAAGGCGUCUUCAUUCCAAGACCUUCUUCGAAUUUGGUAUGUCAGCAUUUUCAAGCGAAAGAAGUAUCGGUUUAUGCAGUUGAUCCAGAACAAAAAGAGCCAGUGGUGGAGAUUUUUCGUCCCUUGUCCCACCAAUGUGGAGAAUGACUUACCUCCUAAGGACUUGUAGGGGGGGACUCUCUUACGCUGAAUAUAAUCAUCAAAAAAAUCAUCUUAAAAGUACUUGGGAUAUUUUUUGAUUCCAUUUAUGUUAUUUUUAGUUUUAACCAAAAGGGAACUUUGUUCCUUCUCCUUUCACCAUAGAUGUUUACAUUGCAAAUUCUCACUUAAGCCUCUAACUCUGAAUAUCAAAGUGCUAAUUCUCUGUACCAGCUGGUACACAUUUCCUUGUGAAUUGGUUGCAAGAAUUUGGUAUUAGGUUCAGAAUAUAAUUUGUACUGAAUAAGUUUGAGUAUUCUCAUUAACUAUUUGCUGGAUAAAUGCAUUGUUAUUAUGGGGAGAAGUUACAUGUUUAUCACUUCUUGGAGAUAAAGGGUUAAUAAAUACAUCUUCCUUCUUUUUGGUCCAAUCUUGGACCAAGA